CACUGGAUAUCAGAGUCUGAAUCAGAGUUCCUCUGAGCUCAGUGUGGCUGUGAUCCGGAAAACACCCCGAUGAGACACGGACUGAAGUGUGUUUUUAUUCAGAUCUGCGUGUGAAAGCGUUUUGAGAGUGAAACAGUGAAGUCGGAUCUGCAGGAUGACCGAAAUCGACCCAAGAUGCGCACAAGAGCCGCCUCUGGCUCUCCAAGUGAUUUUACAGCUCGACGUUUUCGGGAUCAUCCUUUACGCCGCACUCACUUUCAUGGCCACGGCGUCCAUGCUGCUCUACAUCGAGGAAUGUGUUUAUAUCUACAGGAAAGUUUCCUCCAACAAAAAGAGCGCCAUCAUCUGGGUGAACGGAGCCGCCCCGGUUAUCGGUGCCAUGUCCUGUUUGGGAAUGUGGAUCCCGAGAGCCACGAUGUUCACAGACAUGACCUCAGCCACGUAUUUUGCCAUUGUGGUGUUUAAGUUUCUGAUCCUGAUGAUCGAGGAGUGUGGAGGUGACGAGGUUUUUCUGAAGCAUUCAGCCAAUAAGACGCUCCGGAUCAGUACCGGCCCGUGCUGCUGCUGCUGCCCCUGUCUGCCCCCAGUGCCCAUCACACGGCGUUCUCUGUUCAUGCUGAAACUGGGCUCCUUCCAGUUCGCUCUGCUGAAGGUGGUGUUCACCAUCCUGUCCAUCGUCUUGUGGACUAACAAGAACUACGACGUGGCUGAUAUGAAGAUCAGCGGUGCAGCGAUCUGGAUCAACCCCGGCGUUGGCGUCCUCACCAUCAUCGCCCUGUGGCCCGUCUCCAUCAUGUUCAUGCACGUACGCAACACUUUACGCAGCAUGAAGAUCGUCCCCAAAUACGCCAUGUAUCAGCUGGUGCUGGUGUUCAGUCAGCUGCAAUCAGCCAUCAUUAACAUUCUGGCCAUGAAGGGAACGAUUGGCUGCAGUCCGCCGUUUUCCUCUCAGAGCCGCGGUUACUUGAUGAGUCAGCAGCUCCUGAUCUUGGAGAUGUUCAUCAUCACGCUGGUGACUCGCUUGUUGUACCGGCGUCAGUACGAUCCUGUUCCUUACGGCGACGGCGAUGAGGAGAAGAACCUCGUUCACGUCGUUGAUUCCAACGAACACUGUGGGAAAAAUAAUCAUUAAAUGUUUGUUUUAUUGGCACGACGUCACACUCACACCCGGCGGAACACAGACCUACUGUAUACGUAUGUGUAUAUUUUUGUAUUUAUAAACGUGUGGCUCAUUUUUGACCAAUCAGAUACAGUAUAUUUUUUAAACCAAAAGCACGCACGAGCUCCAGACUGUCUGUAGGUCUGUCCGACUCUUUACACGAGAACAAGAACAACGUUUUACAUCUUAAUGUUAUUAUUAUUACUGUUUUUCACUUGUAGCCCUUUUGCACAAGAAAUGCAGAAUAAAUCCAUGUGGAAUUUGA